AUGGUUAAACAGGUGGGAGAUUCAAUUACACUACCCUCACAAGGAAUAUACAACCAAUUCAAGGAAAGCGCAGAGUGCCAUGUAACUCAAGGAGGAAAAGUAAAAAGCAAGGACGACAUAGUAGGAAUUGUGAAGAUUGCGUGGGGUCUUCGUGGAAUUAAAGGAAAAAUGGUCACAGAAAUUGUGAAUGCCUGGUGUCGUACAAGAAACAUAACAGUAGAAGUGACGGAUAAAUAUGGACCUUGUAACUUUUUAUAUUAUUGGAUAGGUCAUAGAAUAAAAGGGAAUAUAGAUCAUAAUGAUUUUAGGGAGGCCAUGAAGAUCAUUUACAGCAAGCUGAGGGAAUCCCCGUUAGGAACUGAGUGCCGUAAUUUGUACUCCGAUAUUAGCGAAACCUUCUUUGGAUGGGCAAAGGAUCUAUUUGAUUACAAUUAUAACAGAGAAGAUGUCAUCCAGAAGAAGGAGUGUAGUCAAUAUUUGGAUAGUGGGGUAUAUUACGAACAUGUGGCAAAAGCUAAGGAGGCAUAUGACAAAUUAUGUGAGAAAUGUGGGGAAAUAACUGAUGAUUCAUAUUGUCAAGAAUUUAUAAGGGAACAUGGGACAGGUAUUCAUUGUAAGCUGGCGUGGCCACCAGCAUUAAUAUGCCCCACAGCUUCUGCACCACGAGCACUAUCGCCAGAAAAAGCAAGAAUGGAACCUACCUCAGAAGUCGUGCAGAAACAAGUGAUGCUCAUGCCCCAGGAGUUGGUGUUGCACCUGGGGUUUCGGGUUUACGUGUGGGUGAUGGUGUCCUAA